AGUGAAAACAUUUCCGUGCGUCAUGAUCUGAGAAUGCUUGUAUAUAAGGAUGUCUGUUGAAAGCCAAGAGAACCGGACAGUGGAGGUACUGGGAGUACCUGAGGAGGUGGAGGAUGAGCUGCUGUAUUUGUACUUUGAGAACAAGCGUCGUUCUGGAGGAGGUAGUCUGGUGUCUGUGGAGCUGGAAGGGAGCCGGGCCAUAUUAGUGUUUGAAGAGGCAGAUGUUGCAGCAAGGGUCCUGUCUAAAGGACCCCAUGUCCUGCACAACGCUGAGUUGACCGUGAGGAAGCCUGCGUGUAAGGAUCCAUGGAGACUGUUGCUGCGGGGGGUUAACCCAACCACCAGUCAGGAGCUGGUGGAGCUGUAUGUAGAGAACAUGAUGGGAAUGGACAUAGACGAUUACACUCUGUACCCCUCACCUGGCAGGGACCUGGUCUUAGUACACUUCCAUCAGACCGUCAAUAAAGGUUAGGGGUUUUCCUAUCAAGUUCAAAGAUGGAAUCCACAGUAGGGGGAAACGGCAUCACAAGCCGCCCCACCACUCUUGUUUUUGUUGGCGUGCUGAGGAAUAUUGUGCAGCGUUGUAAAAACAUUGCAGUACAUUUUGUGCUCUUCUAUCGUGUGUGCAAUGAUGUCAGAAAGGAAAAAAACCAGUUUGUUUGUAACUUCUUUGAUGUUGUAGUAUCACAAACAGACAUGCAGAGUUCGAUUUACACCAUGACUUUUAGGGGGUGUCUGUAUCGAGUGCACGCACUUGCACAAAAUGUAUUUUCUAGGCCUAAUAAUAAAGACAUAAUUUAAACGGU